AUGGACAUGCUGGAAGCUCGUCUAAAUAUGAACAUUUGCAAGAUUUUAUUAAUAUGCACAGUGUUUUCCCGAGUUGGAGCAGAAAUUCAGAUAUUAAUUGACCCAGUGAAUUUGCCGGAAAACCUGCUUCCUGGAACCCAGCUGAGUCGAGCCUAUGACAAAGACGUGGCUGGAAAAGCUGAUGCCUACCGCUUUCUGAACAAAACAAAGGAUUUUGUCAUUGACGCAAGCUCUGGUGUGAUCACAUCUACCAAAGUUUUUGAUUACGAAACGGACCCAGUAAGAUUCCUGUUCAUAGUUGACACGGGGGGAGCCAUGCGGCGUGUUCUCACCAUUAACAUCCUCGACGUUCCUGAGCCCCCGGACUGCACAGCUGAUCCCCAGUUCUCUGCAGGCACGGCUGCUGUGGAAAUCGCCGAGGACUACCCACUCUUUCAGCCCAUUUACCGAGUGACGGCCACGGACCAGGACUCGGUGCACGGGGACAGGCUGACGUACACGCUUGAGACUCAGUUAUCUGGACCUGAGAAAGGAGGGAACGCUUUUGGAGUAGACGCUGUAAAUGGUGUUGUUAGCUUGAAAGAAGACACUUUGGACUUUGACAGAGGAUACCACGCUUUCCAGCUUACUUUGAGAGCGACGGACACCACAGGUCUGUUUUGUCAAGGAACAAUAAUUAUCAAGAUUAGAAACGUAAACGACGAAAGGCCUCAAUUUGAACCAUUUCCUUUGGAUUCCAUUAAUGUGACUGAACAGACUCCCAUUGGAGAAACUGUCACAAGAGUGAGGGCAACAGACCCAGAUGAAGACAGCAUUACUUACUCCUUUACAACUCAGCAGGAGGUGUUUGGCUUGGACCCUGCUACAGGAAUAAUCACUCUUCUUCGGCCUUUGAAUCUUGACUACCCAAACAACUCCAGAGCCUACUCUUUGGAAAUAGAGGCCAGAGACAGCGGGAAUAAUACCAGCACUUACACGUUCACGGUCAGAGUGGAGAGUGCGAAUGACCCUAUUUUCUGUGAUCUAAGUUUUUUAACAGGGGUGUCCGUGUUGGUUCCUGAAGAUGUCCCUGCAUCGGCCUUUAUAUAUAUGAUUCUUCCCAGAGACCCAAGUCCGGGACAAAAGUUUCAAUUUUUAAUACUAAAUUCUUCAAGCAAUGCCACUGCCUAUUUUGCUUUGGAUUCGUGGAAUGGCAUCAUUUCCAAAACCACUGAGCCUCCUUUGGACUAUGAAACAAAUCCUAAGCUUUUCAGGUUAGUGGUUGCUGUGAGCAGCAGAGGGAAGCGCCCCGUGGAGUCCUGCACAGGCACUGUCACCUUGCUGGUCCAGAACGUCAACGACGAACACCCCGACUUCACCUGCCUGCCAGACGCUCCUGUACACAUCUCUGAAAAUAUGCCAGUGGGGACAAAGCUGGUGACGCUGACAGCAACAGACAGAGACUCUGGGGACUCAGUGCGCUAUGAGUUUAUAGGGACCCACAAAGAAUUUUCUAUAAAUGAAGAUUCAGGUGAGGUUAGCAUUGCCUAUCCUCUGGAUUAUGAAGAUGUAGGCACCCCAAAGUCCUGGGUAUUACGUGUUAGAGCUUAUGACAACCAGCGGGUACAUUCGACAACUGGAACAUUCACAGUAGUUCUGCAGGAUGUAAACGACAACUCACCUCAGUGCUCCCAGGACAUUUACACAAUUGAGCUUGCUGAAAACAUCCCAGUUGAAACUCUGGUAGUCUCUCUGGCCUGCACUGAUAAGGAUGGAGCUUUCCCCAAUAAUAACAUAACUUAUCGUUUGAUUGUGGAUCCUCUUUCAAAUGAAACCUUUACUCUCACAAACAAUGAACUAAAAGUUGGACCUAAACCUCUAGAUUCUGAUAAUGCUACUUUUGCAGGAAGGCACUUCAAACAUACGGUGUUUGUGAAAGUCUCUGACAAAGGAAGUCCUGUUCUUUCAACAAUCAUUACUGUCAUUGUAAGAGUGCUUCGCAUAAAUGAGAUGAAUCCAAUUGGAACCACAUCAGCAUUUACCUUCAGUGUACUUGAAAACAGUCCAGUUGAUACACUAGUGGGAAAACUUACAUUUACAGAUGCAGACUGGCCGUUUAACAAUCUGAAAUAUACCAUUGUUGGAGGCCGCCUGGGGACGCCACCGAAAUUUUACAUGGAACCAUACACAGGAAUGAUAAAGCUUCUGGAUUCCUUAGACAGGGAAUCUGAGUUGCAGUACAGGAUAGUUGUAAGAAUCACAGACCUGGACAACGAUGCUGUCCCUGACCCUCUCAGACAGAGAAGUGCAACUGCUCAGGUGACCAUCAACGUUCUGAACGUGAAUGAUGAACCUCCUCUAUGUCAUCCUCCACAUUUGGAAACUUGGAUUUAUUCCAUUGUUAGAGGCGCUUUUGUUCAACUCAACUGUUCAGAUGGAGAUUCUCCUCCUGAGCAUCUCAGCUAUUUAAUUGUAGGAGGAAAUACAAAUAAUCAGUUCACACUUCAGAGACGGGGUGUUGAUCCCCCUUCUCUGGCCACCGGGCAGAAUUUCCAGUACGAUGUAUUUCAAGGAAUUCAAGACGCAGUGACUUUCCAGUUACUUAUUGAAGUCACUGAUGAAUUAGGUGGGAGUAAAGCUGGUCAGCUCACAGCCACAUCUACGGUCAUCAUUCACGUGCUUCCCUGGACCGUGACACAGCCAACUUCUUCCACAAAAAUAGCUUCAACAUCAAUCACGACUUUGGUGUUAAGGAAGACCUCAUAUUACUGGGCCCCGGAUAACUGGUUUCCUGUAGUGCUGACCCUGACCGCAGCGCUUUUCCUGAUGUGCCUGUACACUCUUGCGUGGUGCCUCUUCAAAGAUGUGCCUGCUUGCUCCAGAUUAUUCCCUCACUGUCACGAAUCGGGUCAAUCGAGUCCCACUGCCAAGGAGCCUGGGCUGGUACCAAGGCAUGGAAACUCACUGAGUAAAGACCCCAAAACAAGCACAAAACUGAGUCUGCUGCCUGGAAAUCAUCAAUGACAGUAACAUGACAUCCCUUCAGCAGUGAGACAGGACAUCAAGACUUGGACAAUUAAGAAAAGAAAUUGAUUUGGAGGAAGACAUUUGGCUUUAACCAGCGUAAAGGCCACAUUCUCUUCAUGUCACUGACUUUUCUUGAAAAAGGUCUCUUAAAAAUACAGCUUCUAACAUUAGAACAACAUCAAUUUUUCCAACAUAGCUGGAUAUUUUUGUGUAAACUCUCGGAUGUUUGAUAGGUUUGACUUUUACUGCUAAAAAUACUAAGAUGUAUGUGCUAUGGAGAUAUAUUUGUUUUUGGUUAAAAAUUCACACUGUUAUGCUAUC